AUUUAAAAAUGUUGAUCAAAUCGAAACGAUUUGUUUAUUCGACUUUGAUUUUGUAUGCCAUUUGUAUUUCAUAAAAAAAUGAAAGAUGAAGGAAAUAAAAAAAAAUUAUCACCAUCCAAGACGCCAUCUCCUGACGAUGAUUCAAAUCAUAAUGCAACAAACGAAAUGGCCGAAAUUAUACAGACACCACAUACAAAGGUAAAAAUUAUAUAUCGAAAACAUAAUAAUAAUCAUGAUGAUGAAUUACCCGAAGUUGAGCUAACAAAUAUUGAACGUUCAAUAUCGAAAAAUAAAUGUCGAAAAGAAAUUGAAUUAGUACAGCAAAUGAUCGAAGAGAAUGUUAAAUUAAAUAAAUUUUUAAAACAACAAUCACAAAUUGUUUAUAAACAUAAUAAUGUUCAACAACAAAAUAAAGAUGAAUUACGAUUAUUAAUAAAAACGAAUGAAAACGAUGAUGAUGAAGAAACUUGUUAUAAACAAAUAAAACAAUUGAUAGCCCAACGAUCAAAAGAAGAUAGUAAUAGACGAAAAAACACAAAGUGAUUAGUAAAAAAAUCGAGAAAAUUUUACCUUAAAUCGUUGUCGCUAAA